UUUCACAGUUGAGAAUGACUUCCGGAUGGGAGCCGAAACGUCUUGAUUCUGAAAACAGCGUCCAGACGACUACGACUGAAACCUUUUCUACGAUGGAGCACUGCUGGACGAAUGAGGGACUGCACCGUCACAUCAGGUGAAGAUACGUUCAUGUGUUCACGGCUUGUUUCUGCUGCAGCUGGUGCAGCUUUAAAGUCGGCGAGGAAACAUUUUGUUAUAUUAUUUUGAUCUGUGAAAGCAAACAGACAGAUGUGAUUCUGAGUUUUUGACACCAGAUGGAGCCAUUUGUUAAGAAAUUCAUCAGGUCUCCUCCACCUGUCCCUCCCUGUAAUCCCACCUGGACACCUUUAAACCGCUGCAGCUGAGCGUCAUUAAUACAACAUGACGCCUUUCAUGCUGUCUCGUACAGUUACUGUCGUUCCUGCUUUAAUGAUUGCAUUGUAUUUGUGUGUCGUCUUUAAAUGUUGUGUUGAUACGUUUGUCUCAGUUUCUGUUUUAUUCAAUUUCAACUAUCAGUUAUUAUUAUUAUAAUUAUCUCAUAUGUCCCUGCUGUAUUGUUUGAUUUUAAAUGACUUAAAGUCUUCCACUGAAACUAAUUUGCUUGAACUUAUAAAACAUGUUCAAACUUUUGUGGUAAAUGUAUCAUUUUGUGUUGAUGUACAAUAUCUAAUACUAAUAUUAAUAUUUUACUUUUUAGUCUAAACAGGUUAAUGUGAUAGUGUUAGACUCAGUAUAUAAAGUAGUUCAGAGUAGCUGCACCAGCUGCAACAUUAAAAUGUGUUAAAGCUUCAGUAAUAAUAUUCAAAUAAUAUGACGAUGAUGUUGUAACUCUGCUCGACGCGUGCUGAUAACUCUUUUGUACUUUUAUGUAUUUGUGGAUUUGUAUUUUGACACAGUGGUAUUGCUAAUUACAGUAAAAACAAACCACCCACUCCAAAAAGUACAACAUUUCCCUCUGAAAGGUUUCAGAAAUAUAAUAACAUCAAAUACUGAAGUGCAAGUAGUUCACGAAGACUAAACCAAUCCACUGAAAACAUUACUGACACAUGAAUCAAUAAUGAAAAUAAUAAUCAGUUAGAUGAUAUUAGUACACUACUCGGGUACUGUGUGUACUUUGAGUGUUUCCUGUGUACUUCUACUGACAGGUUCAGAGUCAAAGCAUUAUUUCAGAUUACACUGCCAGCAGAAUACAGAGUCCUUUCAUCAGCUGCACCUUUAAAUGACGAACACAGAAAGCACCAAUAAUCAGAAUCCAGUAGUAUAACAUGUAUCACUGAUCGGGGCCAGUACUUCAACUUUCAGCACUUAAAACGCAUCACGUCUCCACUGCAGUCCACAGAGACACCUGUAAGGGGUUCUGCAGCAGCUCGGGUGCAUCAGUGCGGUUCUGCACAGACUCGUUGCGGGGCGCAGAGCCGUCUCCUGCCGAGUCAGAGGGGCGUCAACACCGAAACACAGAGUCCAGUGUGGAGCUUCGGGCGGGGGCGGAGGGAGAGUCCUUUGUGUCCGCAGACACCUCCGGGCUCUGCAGCGGGGGGACGCAGCGAACCUCCCCAGACAGCAGGCGGGGAAUCCCGGCUUCAUCGGCCACCGCGCCCCGCUGCAGGAGCGCAGGAUCCGGAUCGGGUUUUGUGUGUAAAGAGGAAGAAGCAAAACUUGAAGCAACAGACGGAACAGCGGAGGAGAGGAGGAGAAACUGGGCGUUUAUUGUGGCGAGGAGAGAAAGAAGUCUGGAUCUCCAGACGCAUAAUUGUCUCUGACAGGACCGGGAUCGAUCUGAUUCACAAGAAAUCCGGAACAAAUGGAGGCCAGUGAGGCCAAGGAGUCCGCAAGACCCGCCGGGGAUCUUUGUUCACACCCCGGCUCAGCAGCUGCAGAAAUGUCGCAACAGAUCAGCGCAGAAAACUGCUUCGAGCUGCUGACAAAAGCCAAGAGCGGCGGCGCGGAGGGCGACAGGGACCGGGUCUACCGCUACAUGAGCGACCAUUACCUGCAGGUGCUGCGGACUCCCGCUGUGUACGGCCGGCUGACCGCGGGGGAGAGGGAGCACAUCCUGGCCCGGAGGAUGGAGGGGAGGAAGGUGCUGGCGGUGGCCGAGACCAGCGAGGUGUACGACCGCGGGGGGAGCCGGGAGAACAGCCGGCCGCAGAGCCCGCUGCUGCCCGCCCCGGAGGACACCGGCCGCCGGCGGGUGCUGUGCCUCCACCCGGACCGGCAGCAGUGGGAGGUGCUGACCAGCCUGCCGGAGGAGGUCCCGGCUAAAGGCUCCGGGAUGUGCACCAUGUACAACUACCUGUUCGUGGCGGGGGGGAUCAGGGCGCACGGGGACGGCCGCUCCAAAGCCUCGGACCGGGUCUUCUCCUACAACCCGCUGACCGGCGUCUGGAGCCAGAUCCGCCCACUGAGCCAGCCCCGCUGCCAGCUCAGACUGGUCUCCAUGGACGGCUACCUGUACGCCAUCGGAGGGGAGUGCCUGUUCACGGUGGAGCGCUACGACCCGCGCGCGGACAGGUGGACUCCGGUGGCUCCGCUGCCCAAAGGCUCCUUCGCGGUCGCGCACGAGGCGACGUCCUGCGGCGGGGAGCUGUUCGUGUCCGGCGGCUCGCUCUUCUACCGCCUGCUGCGCUACGACUCCCGCCGGGACGAGUGGGAGGAGUGUCCGUUCAACGAGAGCCGGCGGCGGUCCACGGACAUGGUGGCGCACGGCAGCCUCGUGUACCGCUUCGACGUGGACCGGGAGCGCGCGGGGGUCGGCGUGUACAAGUACAACACGGUGGUGAAGGUGUGGCACGGCGGCGCGUACUUCCCGCUCCACAACCCGCUGCCGUUCCGCUGCGCGGUGCUCGGGGACCGGAUCUACUGCGUCAACCGGAGCCAGACGCUGCAGUUCGAGGUGCGGGAGCAGCGGGAGGGCUUCCUGCCGGAAGUGCUGCCCCCCCCCGCAGAGGCCAGAGGAUCCCUGGUGCCCUUCGUCCUCUCUCUGAACCGGGACCAAUGAGGAAUCCCGGGACAAAUCCUCCUUUAGUCCAGAACCCAGACUAAAGACUAACUAGUGAACCCGCCCUCCUCCGGCCCCCGGUGCCUUUCUGCUUCCGGUUUCACCAAAACUUCCACUGAUGGAAACAGCUGCAGGAGGAAGAACUGAACAUCUGGUCUCCAGACUGAGUCUGUGAUUGGGCGUCUGACAGGGGGGCGGGGCCUUGUUUCACAAAAAUACCUGAAAGCUGACACACACUCACACACACACACACACUCACACUCACACACACACUCACACACACACACACUGAGACACA